UUUUGCAGAUAAGAAAAUUAUGAGAUUCGAAAAUUGUCUUUAUCUUUCAACAGAGUUUUCAGAGAAGAGUAGAAGUGAGAAAGAAAACGACGAAAAUGAUUCCGGUCAUAGGAACGUGUUUCAGAAGGGCUUUAAACAAGGUGAAUGCGAGGAAAUAUUGCACUAAACUUAAUCAACCCUUAUCUGCAAAUGAGAUGCCAAGACCUGGAGGAAUUCCAACCUUUAUGCGGUUACCACAUCAAAACACAGCAGAAGGGCUUGAUGUAGGAAUCAUUGGUAUUCCCAUGGAUAUUGGCACGUCAAACCGUCCCGGAACUCGUUUUGGACCAAGACAAAUCAGAACUGAAUCAUCUUUACUAAGGGCAUGCAAUGCAACCACAGGCGAUCAACCUUUUUCUAAGUUACAGAUUGCUGACUUGGGUGAUAUUCCGUUCACUAUGUAUGACAUCAAGCAGGCGAUGAAAGACAUCAAGGCUUUUACGUCUAAAGUUUUGGCGCAAAACUGCACUCCUGUGACGAUGGGAGGAGAUCACACCAUAACUUACCCAUUAUUGCAAGCUAUGAAGGAAAAAUAUGGACCUAUUGGUUUAGUACACGUUGAUGCCCAUGCUGACUGUAGUGACACUAUGAUGGACUGUAAAAUUGCGCAUGGAACACCAUUCAGACGAGCGGUUGAAGAAGGUCUUUUGGACUGCAGUCGUGUAGUACAGAUUGGACUUAGAGGAACAACUUAUGCAACUAAUGAAUAUCAGUGGGGAAAAGAUCAGGGCUUUAGAAUCGUACUGGCUGAAGAAUGCUGGCACGGUACUUUAGUUCCCCUCAUGGACGAUGUCAGGAAACAAAUGGGAACAUCGCCAGUAUAUGUGAGCCUGGAUAUUGAUGCGUUAGAUCCAAGUUUUGCUCCCGGAACAGGUACGCCAGAAAUUGCUGGGUUGACUACAAUUCAAAUGUUAGAAAUCAUACGAGGUUUGAAAGGACUUAAUUUAAUAGGAGGAGAUCUAGUUGAAGUAUCCCCUCCUUAUGAUACAACAGGAAAUACAGCACUAACGGCAGCGAAUAUGUUGUUUGAAUUAAUAUGUAUUUUAUCUCAUCAGAAAUAA